AUGAUAGAAACACAAAAUGAAACCACCACAGACGAAAACACAAACUCGACAACGACCUAUUCGAUAAACCAAAACUUUCUUCAAAGAUAUAUCACCAAACACCUUCACAUCUCACCUCAUAUAGUCGCCGAGAUAUCUCGCACGUUUAUAGCCGGAGUAUGCUUCUUAGUUAUCGGUUUCAUUUGUACUUUUGCUAUACAGUGGUCAGAUCAACGGUGGAAAGAUUCAGCAGAUUUGAUGGCUCUGGUGGAUCUCGGUUUUAAAGCAAUACCGGAGACAAAUUAUAUCUUUCUUGCUGACCUGUCCAUGCUUACACUACUUAUCGGCUCUUUGGCUUUAAAUCUUUUCCUCGCCGAAUCAAAUAUAGCAAGACUUAUUAUCGUUCGUCGUAUAUUCUGGAUGCUUGCCUUUCUGUUGCUCUUCCGUACGAUCACUUUGAGCGUCACCACUUUGCCCAGCCCAAAGGCAUGUACACCGUUAGAAUCUGGGAAUUUCGGAAAAAUGCUCAAAACUGGUCUUGAUCUUAUAUUGGGCUCAGUCAAAGCUUGCACGGACAACAUUUUCUCGGGUCACAGUGUCUUUAUAACCACUAGCUUACUCAUUGCCACCCGAAUCCAUUACACGGUUGAUGUGUUGCUAGCAAUUUUCAUUACAUAUGCGGCGCAUUCAAUCUACUUUUUCAUUGUGGAUCUGUGCAUCGAAAAACAUUUCUUAAAUAUAAAAAGAGCGGAAGAUCGAUUGGGAGAUAAAGACCUAUAUCAGCGAAUAGCAUACAUGCCAAACAUGUUUAACACAAGUUUGGUUGGCGCAGUGCGUUGGAUGGAUGGAUUGGACAUUCGAUUUACAAUUGAGGGGCAGGAAAUCUUAGAGGCCACCAGGGAACGAGCAAGAAUGCGACGUAUUCAAAACGUAACAAGCUCAUCUACUAGUAGCGAUUCGACCCAAGUUGAAGUUGUGGUGUUAAAUAAUAAUGAAAACGAAGGUGAGCCAAGCAUGUCUGAAAGAUCACGAGAUUAUUAG